GACCCGGCAGCUGUCAGCAGGAGUCCCGCCCCCCGUCAGAGUGUCGAGCCUACGAGGAAAAAAGUUCAGAAAUAUGAAAUCAAACUAAGUCAACAAAGUUGAAAAGAAAAGAAAAGCGCGUAAAGGAGCCAGGAGGAGCCAACAUGGCGGCGGUCGGAACAGCUGGAUGUUAGCGCGGAGCUGUGUGCAGCAUCAGGCCGGGCUGUGAGCGCCUGUCAGCGGGGAAGCAGCAUGAAGCAGCCCGGGCACGGUGCAUCAUGGCCGCUGUGACAGUCAACACCAGCACCGUCAUGACGGAGUCCGCCGGAGGCUCGGAGCCCCGCAACCUGCCUCCGGGACCGGGAGGAGGAGGAGGCAGGUCGGCGGACAGCUGGAAGAGAGACAUCAUCCGUCAGCUGCAGCACCGAGACCGGAACCAGCACGCCAUGUUCCAGGACCUGAUCCGCUUCUACUCUCAGCUGCUGGAGAAAAGCAGCCUGGCCAAAGGGAUACUGAGCUGCUCCACCAGACGUCCCUCCUCUGACAGCAGCAGCUCCCUCUCCUCUCUGCUCCACCUCAACAAGCAGCUGAAGACGACCACAGGAGAGUUGGCCUAUCAGGUGGUGGAGCUGCAGCAGAACGUUAAGAUCAAAGGAAGUGUUCUGAGGAGCAACGUGCCAGGUGAGACACACACACACACACACACACACACACACAUACACACACACACACACACACACACACACACACACACAACACAAACACACAUGUUUAUGUGACUUAGUGAGACCAUGACCUGUUGAUUUUCUGAGGACCUUUAAUAAAACUGCAGCUAAAAAGGUUAGAAAAAUAAUAACUGUGAUAGUUUUA